AUGGCCCUGGAGCAGCUCUGCUCGGUCCUCAAAGUGUUGUUAAUAACAAUACUUGUAGUGGAAGGGAUUGCUGUGGCCCAAAAGACCCAAGAUGGACAAAAUGUUGGAAUCAAGCACAUUCCUGCAACCCAGUGUGGCAUUUGGGUUCGAACCAGCAAUGGAGGUCAUUUUGCUUCACCAAAUUAUCCUGACUCAUAUCCACCAAACAAGGAAUGUAUCUACAUUUUGGAAGCUGCUCCACGUCAAAGAAUAGAGUUGACCUUUGAUGAACAUUAUUAUAUAGAACCAUCAUUUGAAUGUCGGUUUGAUCACUUGGAAGUUCGAGAUGGGCCGUUUGGUUUCUCUCCACUUGUAGAUCGUUACUGUGGUGUGAAAAGCCCUCCAUUAAUUAGAUCAACAGGGAGAUUCAUGUGGAUUAAGUUCAGUUCUGAUGAAGAACUUGAAGGACUGGGAUUUCGAGCAAAAUAUUCGUUUAUUCCAGAUCCAGACUUUACUUACCUAGGAGAUUGCCAGUUUGAGCUGUCAGGAGCUGACGGAAUAAUACGUUCUAGUCAGGUAGAACAAGAGGAAAAAACAAAACCUGGCCAAGCAGUUGAUUGCAUCUGGACGAUUAAAGCUACUCCAAAAGCUAAGAUUUAUUUGAGGUUCCUAGAUUAUCAAAUGGAGCACUCAAAUGAAUGCAAGAGAAACUUCGUUGCAGUCUACGAUGGGAGCAGUUCUAUUGAAAAUCUGAAGGCCAAGUUUUGCAGCACUGUGGCCAAUGAUGUAAUGCUUAAAACAGGAGUUGGGGUGAUACGGAUGUGGGCUGAUGAAGGUAGUCGGCUUAGCAGGUUCAGAAUGCUCUUUACUUCCUUUGUGGAGCCUCCCUGCACAGGCAGCACUUUCUUUUGCCAUAGCAACAUGUGCAUCAAUAAUUCUUUAGUCUGUAAUGGGGUUCAAAACUGUGCAUACCCUUGGGAUGAAAAUCAUUGUAAAGAAAAGAAAAAAGCAGGACUGUUUGAACAAAUCACUAAAACUCAUGGAACAAUUAUUGGCAUUACGUCAGGGAUUGUCUUGGUCCUUCUCAUUAUUUCUAUUUUAGUACAAGUGAAACAGCCUCGAAAAAAGGUCAUGGCUUGCAAAACUGCUUUUAAUAAAACUGGAUUCCAAGAAGUGUUUGAUCCUCCUCAUUAUGAACUGUUUUCACUGAGAGACAAGGAGAUGUCUGCGGACUUGGCCGACCUGUCGGAGGAACUGGACAGCUACCAGAAGGCGCGGUGCCCCUCCACGGCAUCGCGGUGCAUCCACGACCAUCACUGUGGAUCGCAGGCACCCAGCAUCAAACAAAGCAGGACCAACCUCAGUUCCAUGGAACUUCCCUUCCGAAAUGACUUUGCACAACCGCAGCCAAUGAAAACAUUUAAUAGCACCUUCAAAAAGAGUAGCUACACUUUCAAGCAGGCACAUGAGUGCCCUGAACAGGCCCUAGAAGACAGAGUAAUGGAAGAGAUUCCCUGUGAAAUUUAUGUCAGAGGGCGGGAAGAUUCUGCACAAGCAUCCAUAUCCAUCGAUUUUUAA